CAAUAUCGAUCACAGCCGUUAACAGCUGUGCGUUGGUCGCAUGUCGCGCGCUUUGCUGCCAAUGACGUCAAAGGUCGACAAGUUGUCAAUGGAUACGAGUCAGUUGCUCGUGACAACAACACGAUUUUUACGUUUAAACUUGGUGACCAAACUUUCGUCCCGCCGAACUCAACUGAUAAUCGUGGUAACUAUGGUUGAUACUGCAAGGCUCAGGUCGGUAAAUAGCAUUAAUGAUGCGGGUUACCUAAAUGAAGUGGAUAUUGUAUCCAAAAAUCCAGAUCGAAAUAGAGAAGCAAGAGAUUUUCCUGUCAAUCCAACUUCUGCACUAACUUUGUUCAGCGAAAAAUAUCCGGAAAUUGCACCAACUUUGAGGACAACUAAGGAUCAUUAUCACGCUUUGAAGGAAGCCCAAAACCAUGGCAAUCUGAUUUCACUGGCAGCAUUCCAACAUGUUAAAGGCUUGUACAAUGUUUACAUCCUAGAUAAGAGUCCGAAGAAUAGAUUUGCACUGACAGAAUUUGCGGUAACUUUGGGGAUUCCCAAGCUUGCUUAUGAAAUAAUUGUUGACAGCAGAACUAAAUGCCAAGACCUAACCACAUGGGACAGAGAAAAGGAUGCAGAGGGAAGCAAGGGUGAUUUGGGUUUGAGAGCUGAGGAGCAGGAGUCUGAACAAGACAAAGCAAAGACCGAUGCUCUAAAAAUGUCACAGGAUAUCAUUUCUCGGUUAAUCGCUGUACUUCUAAAUUUCACUGAUGUCCAUGAUCCAUUUUGCUUGGCUUGCAAUGAAGCUGGUAUGGUGCACCUUUUUGUUGAAAUGAUUAAAGAACUCCAGGACACAAUUCCACACAACUUAAAAUUUGUGAAUGCCCAAACACAGCACCAAACUAGAUUCACGGUGCGUGGCAAGGUACUAUCUCGGACCUUGGGCACCCUUCAUAACUUAUCAAAACGUGUGCCAACGAGGAGGAACUUUGCCGCUUGUCAUGCAGUGAAUGUGCUCGUACCUUUGCUCAAAGCAGAAGUUGCACUUUACAGUGCUAAAAGUCUGCUUAUUCUGGCCUACUUGAUUGACGAAGAGAACAAUUAUUUGAUCAUGGCUGAUGAAGGUCCAAUAAAGUUUCUCACAAGCUUGCUGGAAAGAUCGCUGAAUACUUUAAGCCAUAGAUAUAUAGGCUUCUCUUCCUCUGAACUUGCUGAAGGUCUGACGCAAAUUGCAGUCAAUGACAGCAACAAGAAAACGAUUGCUCAAUGUGGAGCUAUUCCUAUCAUUGUCAAAAUGUUGCAAAGUGCACAAGACGAUGAGGAGAAAUUCAACGCCUGUAAUACACUGUGGACCCUGGCUUUUGAUGAGGAAAACAGAAAACAAAUCAAGGGUGAUACAGUUGCUAUUCCUGAGCUAAAGAAACUUCUAACGUCAGAGAACAGUGAGAUAAAGAAAGCUGCUGCUGGUGCAUUAUGGGAAUGCGAAGGCAAAGAGAAACACGCAGAGGAGAAACAACAGUCAGUUAAAAUACAAGAAGCAACAGGUGCGCAUGUGCAAGACACCAAGCACGUAAUGAUAAGUUACCAGUGGGAUGUUCAAACACUUGUGAUUCAGUUAAAAAACAAGCUACAGGCGGACGGCUACAAGGUUUGGAUGGACAUUGAUGAGAUGGGCGGCUCUACACUGGAGAGCAUGGCCAAGGCUGUGGAAAAUGCCAGCGUCGUGUUGGUCUGUGUGUCUCAGAAAUACAAAGAGAGCCCCAACUGCCGGUCAGAGUCAAAUUACAACAGAUGCUGUGGCAAUAGUUGCAAUGUUUAAAGAUCAUUACACGAAGAAAUCUCAAAAGCUAAACCUGAUAAAGAGGGAAGAUGAAUAAUAACCUUGGUUAGUUCCUAGCAGGAAACUUCAUUGUUUCCUUUUCAAAUUAAAAGUUACAUGGACAUGGAAAUUCCUAAAGGAAUUGGGGAGAGCUAAAUACUUGUAGGUCUGUAGAGGAAUCUAUAAAAAAUGUGUUCUUUGGCAAAUUAUUUUGUAACAAUGAUUUAAAAAUAUAAGAGACGUUCUUUGAAACCAAAGAAUAGUCUCCAUAACCGUAGAAACAAGGAGGGUGUUUUGGUUUUGAUUAACAAAACAUUUUCGAAAAUUUUGGUUCGGACUUUCUGUUCGGUGCCGGAGAAUCUUUCACUGGAAGUUUUCCCGAAGAAAUGGUUAAAGUGUGAGCCCGUUAAAACCAAGAAGCUUGGAAACUGGUACAAACGAAGCGUGACGGAAUGGGACUCGAAUUAACAUUCGGAAAGGCCGAAGGGGAGACAGGACUACCUUUUCGGAAGGUUCUGUCUCCGUCUUGGAAAUUUCCAAUGGACUGAACAGAAACAUUGUGCGCAAUUGAAAAAGGAAAUAAGCCCACAGCUCUUUUUUUUCGUUAAAGCAAAAUGUAAGCCAAUCACCAGCUAGCAGUGUGCAAAUUCUCUUUAAAUCGUCCAGUCACGGUGAACCUUAUACAGGGUUGUCACAUGUCAGGAAAUGGUCAGCGAAAAAAAUUCUUCAAGGUCAGGGAAAAGUCAGAGAAUUUUAUUUUGAGUCAAGGAAAAUUGAUAUCAGUCUUAACACCAUUGAAGGCUGGAAGAAAGAUUUGGGGUCACUGUUGUCUCAACAAUAUUUUUACUUGAUGAAGAAGAAAAAUGUGUUGAAAAUUAUCACUCUUAAUGAACGAAGAAGCCGGAAUUAGACCUGAUAUUUUGUAUUUCUUUGGUUAGGGAUUUCAAUUUUAUUUUUAUCAGGGAAAAGUCAGGGUAUUUUGAAAAGGGAUGUCUGUGGCAACCAUGUUAUAAGUCGCCCUAGCGGUAGAAACCCGGAUGUGCUGUAAAGUGAAUACUGUUGAGUUUAUUAGUUAAUUGAAGCAAGUUAACUAAAUUCUAUUUUGACUAAUGA